GCGAGCGAACCAAGCACGCUCUUAAGAACCGAGGAGACAGGCAGAGAGAGAGGGAAGAGGAGAGAGAGAGGAGAGUAGAGAGAGAGGGAAGGCUAGGAGGCGGCGUCCUCUCCUCUCCCCAUUCUCCAAUCCGUGCCCUAGCCCAGCCAUCCCAAUCCAGCGCCGCAACCGCAAGCGGGGGCCCGUCGCUCUCGCCUGCCCGGCCGUGGAGGAGCUUCCGACGCGUGCUGCUCCGACUUCCAAUGCUGGAAAGAUCAUAGGAUUUUGGACAAGCAAGAGCUGACAUGGAACCAUCAUCUCAGCCUCAGCCUGCAAUGGGUGUUGCUGCUGGUGGAUCACAAGAGUACCCUGCCCCAGCCUAUCCGCCUGCAGCAACCAUAGCCGCUCCUUCUGCAGUCCCGCCUGCUGGUUUACAACCAGGGCAACCAUUCCCAGCCAACCCUGCUCAAAUGAGUGCACAACACCAGAUUGUCUACCAGCAAGCCCAGCAAUUCCACCAACAGCUCCAGCAGCAGCAGCAGCGUCAACUCCAGCAGUUCUGGGCUGAGCGCCUGGCUGAUAUUGAACAGACUACUGACUUCAAGAACCACACCUUGCCACUUGCGAGGAUAAAGAAGAUCAUGAAGGCCGACGAGGAUGUCCGCAUGAUCUCUGCAGAAGCUCCAGUGGUCUUCGCGAAAGCGUGCGAGAUAUUCAUACUGGAGUUGACACUGAGGUCAUGGAUGCACACUGAGGAGAACAAGCGCCGGACCUUGCAGAAGAAUGACAUUGCAGCAGCCAUCACCAGGACUGACAUUUACGACUUCUUGGUUGACAUUGUGCCCAGGGAUGAGAUGAAGGAGGAGGGAGUUGGGCUUCCUAGGGCUGGGCUUCCACCCAUGGGAGCCCCAGCUGAUGCAUAUCCAUACUACUACAUGCCACAGCAGCAGGUGCCAGGUGCAGGAAUGGUGUAUGGUGCCCAGCAGGGUCACCCGGUGACCUAUUUGUGGCAGGAGCCCCAGGAACAGCAGGAGCAGCCCCCUGAAGAUCAGCAACCUCUUCAUGGAAGUGGCUGAGAAUGUUGCCCUGAAGCUAUCACCUGAUUCAGGUUUAGGUCGUGGUUUCGUUUAUUAACUAAUAUCGUCGCUUAUCAAAUUGAAACUGGUGAUUCUAAGUAGCAUUCGGCAUCAUGGUAGUCUCGUUGCUGCUGUGUUGUCAGUAGAAAGGAUUAUGAUUAGAGACUAGUGGGUUAAAGUUACCAUACCGUUUCCUUCAAUUCCAAAAGUUUGCCUCCAUGGGGCCUUUGAUAUGAAAUGCUGGGUGUUAAUGCUGGGUGUUAAUGCUUCUGUCGUU